GUGUUCCCGGAACUCAGUGGGCGUCGCGCGAAGGCUGAAGGGAGCGUGGCGGAGGGUCCCGGAAAACCCGAGAGCCGGCAUGCCUCGGUAUGCGCAGCUGGUCAUGGGCCCCGCAGGCAGCGGGAAGAGCACCUACUGUGCCACCAUGGUCCAACACUGUGAAGCCCUCAACCGGUCUGUCCAGGUGGUCAACCUAGAUCCAGCAGCAGAACACUUCAACUACCCUGUGAUGGCUGACAUCCGGGAACUGAUCGAGGUGGAUGAUGUGAUGGAGGAUGAUUCUCUAAGGUUUGGUCCCAAUGGAGGAUUGGUAUUUUGCAUGGAGUACUUUGCCAAUAAUUUUGACUGGCUAGAGAACUGUCUGGGCCAUGUAGAGGACGACUACAUUCUUUUUGAUUGCCCAGGUCAGAUUGAGCUGUACACUCACCUGCCUGUGAUGAAACAGCUGGUCCAGCAACUGGAGCAGUGGGAAUUCCGAGUGUGUGGAGUUUUUCUUGUUGAUUCUCAGUUCAUGGUGGAGUCAUUCAAGUUUAUUUCUGGCAUCUUAGCAGCCCUGAGUGCUAUGAUAUCUCUAGAAAUUCCACAAGUUAACAUCAUGACGAAAAUGGAUCUGCUGAGUAAGAAAGCUAAAAAGGAAAUUGAGAAGUUUCUAGACCCAGACAUGUACUCCUUCUUAAAAGAUUCGACAAGUGAUUUUAGAAGCAAAAAAUUCAAAAAGUUGACGAAAGCAAUUUGUGGACUGAUUGAUGACUACAGCAUGGUUCGAUUUCUACCUUACGAUCAGUCAGAUGAAGAAAGCAUGAACAUUGUAUUACAGCAUAUUGAUUUUGCCAUUCAGUAUGGAGAAGACUUAGAAUUUAAAGAACCCAAGGAACAUGAAGAUGAGUCUUCCUCUUUGUUUGAUGAAUAUUUUCAAGAACGCCAGAAUGAAUGAAGAAUUUACUAAAAAGUAACUGUAUGUGAAGAGCUUGUGGCCAAAUCAGCAGAGAAUGCAAAUCUUCAAAGGAUGCAGUAGUAGACAGCUGCGUUUUUUAAUGAAGGGAAAAACAAAAAAGAAUACUUGGCCCUUUAUCAGGAGCAUGCCUGAGUCAAGUCCUGAGUUAAAAGUGAAAUCUUGCCAGACACAGUGGUACACACCCUUUAACCCCAAUAGCUGGGAAGGCUGAGACGGGAGGAUGGAAAGUUCAAGGCCAGUCUUUUCAGGGCUGGAGUGAAGCUUAGUGGUAACAUGAGCAAAGCCCUGAGUGUAAGCCCCAUCACUGCAAAAAAAAAAAAAAAAA